CCCGUCCUGCCGCAUCCCCGGGGCCGGGGCCGGAGCCGGAGCCGGAGCCGGAGCGCGCGAGGGGGAGCCGCCGGCGCGAUGAGCGGGGGCGCCUGGCCGGGCUGGCUGCUCUGCAGGCUGGGGCUGGUCCUGCUCUGCCGAGGGCUGCUGGUGCAGAGCCUGGAGUAUAACCAGCCGGCCGACAACUACACUGUGUGUCAAGGGGACAACGCCACGCUAAGCUGUUACAUCGACGAGCAGGUGACCCGGGUGGCCUGGCUCAACCGCUCCAACAUCCUGUUUGCGGGGAACGACAAGUGGUCCAUCGACCCGCGGGUCCGGCUCCUCACCAACAGCCCGGCCGAGUUCAGCAUCCUCGUGGCCCAGGUGGACGUGUGGGACGAGGGGCUGUACACCUGCUCCUUCCAGACCCAGGCCAGGCCCCACACGGCCCAGGUCUACCUCAUCGUGCACGUGCCAGCUCGGAUCACGAACAUCUCCUCGGCCGUGACGGUGAACGAAGGGAGCGACGUGAAUUUGCUGUGCGUGGCCACGGGCAAACCGGAGCCCACCGUGACCUGGAGACAGCUGAGAGACGGGUUCACCAGUGAAGGGGAAUAUCUGGAAAUCACCGAGAUCAACAGACAGCAGGCCGGGGAGUAUGAGUGUGUCACGGCCAACGGAGUCUCUGUGGCCGACAGCAAGAGGGUCCUGAUCACAGUCAACUAUCCUCCCACCAUCAAGGACGUGAAGGACGCCUAUCCCACCAUGGGGAAGCCGGCACUACUGAGAUGUGAGGCCAUGGCCGUGCCACCUGCCGAAUUUGAGUGGUUCAAGGAUGACAAGCAACUCUUUGGGGGCCUCGAGGGGCUGCAGAUCCAGAACGAGCGCACACGCUCCAUGCUGCUCAUCGACAACGUCACCGCUCGGCAUUAUGGGAACUACAGCUGCCUGGCCUCCAACAAGCUGGGAGUCUCCAACGCAAGCCUGCGGCUGAUACGACCCGGUUCUCUGGAAAACAUAGCAGUGCCCGGGAUGGAGUCCCCCUUGUUCCUGGGCUUGCUGUCGUCUGCCUUUGUGACUCUCUUGUUUAAGAUCUAGUGUGUUCGGCGGACGCAGUGGAAGGAGAGGAGGCUCGGGCAGAGAGGGAGAGCGCGCGAGAGAGACCUUCUCCUUUCCGGGAGAGACGAAGAGAAAAAACAAAGAAACAAAUCUUAUCGAGAACCCCAGCACUGUGAGGGAAAUGUGAAAAAAGAAAAAAAGAAAAACGACAAAAAAAAUAUGCAUUUCUUUCUACGGCCAUUUUCCGUCACUUUCCAUCCCAGACACUUCCAGCCGGACUUGUUCUAAAGGGACAAACAAACUGACCUGCAAAGACACAGGGCUUUAAAGGGUUAACGGCCAGUGCUUCUGUGCCCCAUGGGGGCCCCCGCAAUAGGGCUUGUGGUGAGGGGUUGUUCCCCUUCUCUGGGAGAGUUUGGGGUUCUCAGCUGCCAUGAAAGACGAGCUUCGGUGGCUUUCGCAAAUGUGGGGGGCUGGGCCUUUCUGUAGCACAUGGAGUUUUUGAGUGGGGAAUUUCCCUAGUUUGGGGCUGAAAAAUUCCUCAGCAAACAAAGUUUCUUGGGCUGAGAAUGACCCUUGUUUACACAGGUUUUGGACUCUGAAUUUCCUGAUUUCAUGAAGCUUUCCUGGCUGAGAUUUUCCUUCGCUCACAAAGUUUUCCGAGCUGAGAAUUCCUUUGGUUUACACAGGUCUGAGGCUGAAAAUUUCCUUCCUUCACAAAGUUUUUUGGGGCUGAGAAUUACCCUGGUUUGCACAGGUCUGAGGCUGAAAAUACCCUUAAUUCACAAAGGUUUUUGGGCUGAAAAUGUCCUUAAUUCACAAAAAAAAUUGGGCUGAGAAUGACCCUUGUUUACACUGGUUUGAGGCUGUUCCCUAGUUCGCAACCUUUUGGGGGCUGAGAAUGGCUCUGAUUGACAAAGGUUUGAAGCUGGAAAUGUCCUUAGUUCACAGAAUUUUGUGGGCUGAGACUUAUCCUAAUUUACACUGGGUUUGGCUUGAGAGUUUCCUUAGUUCACAAAGGUUUUAGGGGCUCAGAAUUUCCCUAGUUUAUGCAUGUUUCAGGCUUUCUUAGUUCACAGGGUUUUGUGGGCUGAAAAUUACCCCAGUUGUGGGGUGCAGAUUUAUUUCGUUCACAAAGUUUUCUGGGGUGAGAAUUUCCCUGGUUUACUGAGUUUUCAGGUGAGCCUUUCCUUUAUCCAGCGAGUUUUUUGUGAAUUUCCUUAGUGAACAAACCAAACCAAAAUAUACCCCCCUUUUAGCUGUCAGUUGCCUCACUUAAUCCAGCGAUUUGCCCCAGUGGGAAUUUUUUCACCUAACAAAUUCUUUGCCUGGUAAUUUUCAUCGUUCAUGAAGUUUUGUGGCCUGCAAAUUGCCUUCAGUCGGUGCCAGUUUUGCCUGGGAAUUCCCCAGGAUCACAAAGUUUUGGGGGCUGAGAAUGUUCUUCAUUUUUCAAUCGUUUCCCCACCCCCUGGCUCGGAGAAGACAGAACUGGAAGCUGGCUGCUGCCUGGGGAUUUGGAUUCGGCACCUUGAUUCUGCUACUUCCCUGCACUCUGGACACGAGGGGGCUCACAUGCCCUGCUCAGAUGUCCGGCUUCCCAGCUUUGGACGGAGGAAGGCUCAUAGCUGAGCAUUGGAACCGCCCAUCUCUUCGGCUGAGGAGCUCCCCUUCCCUCUCUCCGUGCAUGGGGGCGCAGCUGGUCAGGUCCGAGACGUCUCAUCUGCUGCUCUCCAUCCCCACCGAGCCAGAGUGAGUCAACCGGGAGGGGACUGACUGGGGUGGGCUUCACAGGGGGGCGGCUCAGGCUUCAAGCAGUUGCCGGGGGGCGGGGAGUAGGGGGGCAGGCUUCUCCUGGAGCCUGACAAACAUUUGCAAAGUUGGUGUCGUUGUUCACAAAGUGGGGACCUGGCGGCAGGAGACCAGGAGACCCUACAAUAACAAAGGGGCCCACUCAGUCCCUGCUGCUGCAAUGACGCACCGGUUUGCCGAUCCCCUCUGCUUGUGGGAGCUGUUAGAGUAACAGAAUGGGAAUGCAGGCCUGGCAUUUAUGAGAGACCCUGCAAUAACAACCAGCAUGUGUGCAGCCUUGUCCUGCCCAAGAGACCCUACAAUAACAGCCAGCAUGUUUACAGCCCUCCCCCUCCCCAAAGACCCUACAAUAACCACUGGUAUGCGUACAGCUCCACCCCUCCUGAGAGACCCUACAAUAACAAACCAGCAUGUAUACAGCCCUACCUGUCCUGAGAGUAUCAACUUUCCUGAGAGACCCUACAAUAACAGAUGGGUAUUUAUCACCUUAAUGAAAUUAAGUUAAUGAACCCGACUAAGGAAUUUCCUUCAUCCUUUGUCACAAGGAUUUGGGCUGGCUGGGAGGCAUGACACACUGGUUUGUUAUCGCAGGGUCUCCUUGGAGUGCUGGAGGUUGCUCGCUUGUCUUGUUAUUAUUUGGCCUCCUGGGAAUGGCUGGGCUGUAUAGACUUGGUAUAUUAUUGUAGGGUCUCCUGAGAACGCCAGGAGUUGUGCAGGCUUGACGUAUUAUUGCAAUGUCUUCUGGGAGGGCUGUGGGGCGGUGCAGGCUUGUCUUAUUAUUGUAGGGUCCUUUGGGAUGGCUGGGGGUUGUGCAAAUUAGGAUUAUUAUUGUAGGGUCGCCAGGAAGUGCUCGGGACUGUGCUUGCUUGACUUAUUAUUGUAGGGUCUCCUGGGAGCCAGGGCCUAUGCAGGCUUGGUUUGUUAUUGUAGGGCCUCCUGGGAGAAGGGUGUGUGUGCAUAAACCAUGAGGGCGGAGCUCCUUCCAGGCAUAUUACCUGGUAAACGUCUCCUUUGCUGAUCCUCUAAGGUCCUAGGACGAUGGGUUAUUCCAUGGGCUCAUCUAGAUGUGUAAGCAGCACACUCCAUGCGACCCCAGAUCAGACCCCUGGGCCCAUCGAGGCCGGUAUCCCGCCUCCCUCCCAGUGGAUCAGCUCGGAGGGGUGGGCAUGUCUCCCACAGGAAGCUGCCGUUUCAGAGAAAAGCAAAAGACCCCGCGGUUCUGGGAUCGCCGGGUGGGAAUCGGAUCCUCCAUUUUUGCAGGACAAUCCACAAUUUUUGAAACUCCCGAAAUGGAAGCAAACGAAAUUUGAAACUUUCUGUGAAAUGAAAUUCUGGAAGGGGAGGGGGUCAUUUUGGGUCGAUCACCUCGUUCUGAUCCCAUUUUGGUACAUAAAUAUUUUUUUAACUUUGUUUUUCCACACUAUAUUUUUGCUAUAUACUCCCCACUGUAUUUUCCACUGCAUGCAGCCGAGGAAGUGAGCUGCAGCUCACGAAAGCUUCUGCUCAAAUAAAUGUGCGAGCCUCGAAGGUG